AUGGUGGCAGCUCAACCUCGUAACCGUCCAGGCGCCGGGAGACUUGACGCGCACGAUUGCUGCGACGAGGUGCAGCAGCUGGCUGGUCGGGCGGCGCAGGGACUACAGGUGGAGGAGGCGCUGGAGCUGAGGGGGACGCCGACUGGUCCUCGAUCUCCGCGGCUGUCGAAGUACGUGCCUGGGGACUCGCUGCAUGGCCAUGCAAAGGCGACGAGGUGGAGGGCUGCUCCUCGGCAGCUUCGGCCACAACCGGGAGCUGUGAAAAGGAAAUGGGCUGAGGUAAUGCUGGGGAUGUAG